AUGAAGAGGGAGCACGAUGAGCUCGCUGAGGACACAGCAGACCUUACUCAGGUCUCAAGCGAGGGAUCGCGUCUGAAAGGACCGGAUGCCUAUCGUAACAAGACCAUCCUUGCCCCGAUGGGUACCUUGCCCAUGCGCCUGCUGGCCCUGGAGUACGGUGCCGACAUCGUCUACUCCGAGGAGAUAAUUGCCAAGAAGUUCGCCAAGUGCCUGCGAACCGUUGACGAGAAGAGCAAGCGGGUGGAGUUCGUAUUGCCCGGUCAUAAGAAGAAGAACGUCGUCUUC